CUUCUCUCUCUGUACUCUUUUGUAGUAAAAGCAAAGAAAUCUCAAACCAACUCAUUAUCAAAUAUUCCGCCCUCGGCCCUCUCCCUUCUCCAUAUUCAAUACGCAAAAACACUCUUUCAUUCGAUCUCUAGCUAGCUACCAUGGAAACCCAGGCACCAAUUUCGUCUCCAAAGCCACCCAAAGAUUAUCGUUCCAACGUUGACACUUCUCGUCCCUUUCGGUCUGUCAAAGAAGCCGUCGCAAUCUUUGGUGAGAGGCUUCUUGUUGGAGAGAUAUAUACUCCAAAGCCUUACACUUACAGCCGUCCUACUAGCCAAGAGAUUACUUGGUAUUCACCAAGUCCCCAAAACCGUAAAGAAGGUGACUAUCAGGGGAGUAACCAGCAAGGGGUUUUGGAUAUCUUAAAGAAGCUAGAGGCUGAGCUCAAGGAAACAAAGACAGAGUUGAAGUUGCUUAAGGAAAGAGAAUCAGAAACAGAAGUUGCUUUGGCUUCGCUUAAUGCUGAACUUCAUAAGAAUAUGUCAAAGUUGGCAGAAGCAGAGGCGGCGGCAGCCAAAAGAGCAGCGACGACGCCGAGAACUGUGAGUAUUGAGAUGGGAAAUGGAGAAGAUAUAGCGAGAGAGGAAGAGAGGAGGAGAGAGUUAAUGAAAAGAAUGGAGAAUAACCCAACCUUGUCUCAGAUAUUGAGUAUAGGUGAAAAGGAAGGGUAUUUUGUAGGGAAAAGAGAAAGGAAGUUGAUGAAAAAGAAACCUAUUGUUCCUCUCGUGGGAGAUUGGCUUUUCAAGAAAAAAGGGUCUCCUUAUGCAUCUCCUCAAAUGUAUUUUAAUUAAGAAAAAAAUGAUCGAUCUCUCGUAAAUGCAUUUUAUUUUAGUGAAGUGAUCAAAUUUCUGGGAUUUCAUGUGUAACUCAUGGAGAGGUGGUUUGUAUUUAUCCAAUGUAACUAAAGAAAUUCGUCAUGUUUUCAUGUUUAAAUUUUCUGCUGUGCCAAAAAUAACGAGCUACUACUAUUAAGUGUUCUUUUUGUGAAA